AUGAGCAAGGUAUUCGAUGCGGCGGAAGUCGCAAAACACAACACUCCAGAGAGCUGCUGGGUAAUACUCUACGGAAAAGUUUACGAUGUUACCGACUUUCUCUCAGAGCACCCUGGUGGUGCCAAAAUAAUUCUUAAGCUUGCAGGAAAAGAUGCCACAGAGGAAUACGACCCUAUUCACCCCCCGGGCAUUCUGGAGGAGAAUCUGAAGCCCGAAGCAUUCCUGGGAACGGUAAAUGCCGACACGCUGCCGAAAGUACAAGCGGAGCCAGCCUCAGAUGCGGGGGAGAAGGAAGGCCCGCCUCCGAUGGAGAGUCUACUUAACAUGGACGAUUUCGAGCAAGUGGCCACCAGAAAUGUCAGCAAGAAGGCAUGGGCCUACUACUACUCAGCCUCUGACGACAAAAUCACGAAACAUUUCAAUACUGAAGUUUACCGAUCCAUCUUGCUGCGACCACGGGUAUUCAUCGACUGCACGCGAUGUGAUCUGGAUACUACAGCUCUGGGCAACAAGAUCGGCAUGCCAAUCUACGUCUCCCCCGCAGCCAUGGCUCGUUUGGGCCAUCCAGCAGGUGAAGCUGGCAUUGCGGAGGCCUGUCGCAGCUUCGGGGCCAUGCAGAUCAUUUCCAACAACGCCUCAAUGACCCCAGAGCAGAUCGUGCAGGACGCCGCACCAGACCAAGUAUUUGGAUGGCAAUUGUAUGUCCAAACAGACCGGAAGAAGAGCGAGGCCAUGCUGGCACGCAUAAACAAGCUCAAGGCAAUCAAGUUCAUUGUUCUCACUCUGGACGCGCCUGUGCCUGGAAAGAGAGAGGACGACGAGCGCGGCAACACCGUGGGCGCAUCAGCACCAGUUCCGAGCGCCACAAAGGCCGCAGACAAGUCUUCGAAAGAUAUCAACAACGGAGGGGGAGGUGUCGGACGUCAGCUUUUCGCGGGCACGGAUCCAACCCUAACAUGGAAGGAGACUCUGCCGUGGUUGGCUAAGCAAACCGAUCUACCCAUUGUCCUCAAGGGUCUUCAGACUCACGAGGAUGCUUACAUUGCAUCCCUCCACACUCCCCAGGUUAAAGGCAUUAUCCUUUCCAACCAUGGUGGACGUGCUCUCGACACCGCCCCUCCAGCUGUGCACACAUUACUCGAAAUCCGGAAAUAUUGCCCGGAGGUCUUUGAUAAGUUGGAAGUAUGGAUUGACGGCGGUAUCCGCCGUGGCACAGACGUUGUCAAGGCACUCUGUCUGGGCGCCAGGGGCGUCGGUAUUGGACGCCCUGCACUGUGGGGCUUAGGAGCCGGUGGUGUUGAGGGUGUCAAGCGCACUCUGCAGAUUCUGUCCGACGAGACCAAGACAUGCAUGCGGUUACUCGGUGUUGAGCGUGUGGAGGAUCUAGGACCCCAACAUAUCAACACCCGCCUUGCAGAACAGCAAAUCUACGAUGGACCGUCAGGGCUGGAAGGUAUCCGGAGCACAUACCGUGCCAAACUAUGA